UGGUGGUGGUGUAGUGUAUAGUCGUAAAUUGAAUAGUGUGUGGGGUAUAUUGUAUAUUGUAGUGUCUAGUGAUGGUGUCUAAUAGCGUAGUACAUAAUGCAGCGGUCAAUAUCAUGGUGUAUAGUGUUGUGUAUAAUAGCAUAGUGUAUAGUGUAGUAUAUAAUCUCACGGUGUAUUUUGUAGUGUACAAUAGUGUAGUGUAUAGCGGUGCGUAGUGCGUAGUGUAAAAGCACGUAUACGUGACUCAUGCCGAACUUAUUUCGCACCACCAGCCAGCAAAAAAAUAAUCGGAUGCGGCUCCAAUGCACGACAACAGGAGGGCGAAUCACGCUCGCUCGCUCGCUCACAACUAAGACAAGAGUCUACGGAGGGAAGUAAACAAAAUAGAAGGAAGCCGCCAGCCCACGCAAAAGGGGCGAACUCCGUCCAGCACAAGAGAAUUCGGCAAACAGAAACCCGCGAGCCCUCUCUGACCAUGGUGGUGGUGCUGGCGGUGGUGCUGGCGGUGGUGUUGGCGGUUGCGGUGUCAUCGGCUGCUACAGAAACUGUGGCGAUGAUGCAGACAACCAAAGCCGGCGAGUGUCCGCGUGGAUUCUACCGGUCAGCAAGCGGUGCCGUUUGCUGUCAGCAGUGCGAAGCAGGGAAGUAUUUAAUAUCGGACUGCACAGCUGAACAGGGACACUCCGGCUGUCAAGUCUGCGACGGUGGCACUUAUACCGAGUUACCAAACAGCUCAGGAAAAUGCUUUAUGUGCACACCUUGUCAGCCCGAUGAGGAAGAGGAGCAGGAAUGCAGCACAACCACAGACAGACGGUGCAGAUGCAAACCCGGCUAUCAUAAGCGUGGCAGCGAGCAUUUCUGCAGGGUGGAUUCUGUUACACCUUUGACAGGAUGGAAGACAGUAAUCAUUCUGGUGAGUGCGGUGCUGCUUCUGCUGAUUCUGAUUGGCAUUGCUGCUGCUGCUGAGUUCAUUUACAAGAAGAAGAAGGAGAGAAAGGAGGAAAAGAGGGAAGAGGAGAGAAAGAAAUUAACAGACGGGGAGCCUGGUAACUCUGAUGAGCCCGACUUGACUGCAUCUCGUCAAGAUGAACAGCAAAUACCAGUGUCUGGUCCAUCCACCACAGAUUCAAUCCGCAUGAAAUGCAUCAAAGUCAACCAGACUAUUCCUCAGGAAAAGCAGGUAACUCACGAUUCAACACGACAUCCAUUGUGCAGUGUAUAGUAGUGUAGUGUAUAGUGGUGUAUAGUAGUGUAUAGUGUAGUGUAUAGUAGUGUAGUGA